CAACCGUCAAAAUGGCAAAUUCGAAAUAUCCGGCAAAAUUCCAUACCUCAUUCAAUUCAUAUUCAAUCCCUUCCCUCUACUCCUGCCUUAACCAGCUCAGUUAAUUCAAAUUUUCCCAAAAUAUCGAUCUCUCCGCCAAUCUUCCUCUGCAAAUCAUUAAAAUCCUCUCUCUCUCUCUCUCUCUCUCUGUGAACUGUGGAUGUAGUAGAUGCAAACUAAAUGCUCAAAUUACUGAGUUUUAAGCCUUAACCUUCCAUAUGUAGAUAUUUAUUAUUUCCGUUGGCUUCUUGGUUCAUGCGUUCAAAUGGCGACGUCGGCGUUCAAAUCCACGACGAAGAGAACCCCGAUAGGAGCCUCAUCGUCGUCCUUGGACGACUCCGGCUCGUCCAAUCAUAGCUCGGCUCACCGCCGCUCGCGAAGUCUCAGCCGGUUCUCGCGCCGGUUACCUCCAUCGGGAGCUGAUGACUUUGAAUACGACGUUCCGCCUCCGAGAGGAAAGUUUGUGAACACGGUGAGGGGCUCGGGUUUCCCGGAGAUCACCCUCGACGACCUCGCCACCGAGUUCUUCGGCUCCGGCGACCGAGGACGCUCGGGUUCAAGGAGCCCUGAGAGCGUCCCUGCGAGUCCGUCUCUCGCGUCGUUGUCGCAGAGACGGGGGAGGUCGGUGUCGAGGCAAAGCUCGAGAGCGGGUGCAGAUGGGAGGGGCAAUGUGUGUAACAACUCCGGUGGCGGAAGGGUGGCUGCAGAAAGUAAUUCGAGGAGGCGACGUUCGGUUUCGGUGGUGCCAUGUCGGAUUAGCGAUUCCGAGAGUGAUAUAGACCAUUCUCAGAGUUCUAGCAAUUGUGCUAAUCAGAAGAGUUUUGGUAGCGGAAACAACCAAAUGCCAUUAUCCAAUCGGCCAGUAGUUUCAAAUCAAAGACAAGUGCUGAGAAGGUCUUUUAGUCAAAAAGAUCUCAAGUCCCAUGAUGGCUAUUCUAGCCAGUCUUCUGUCCUUACUGAUGAUGAAGGAAAGGAUGCUGAUUCCAGUAGAAGGGGGAUUGAGAAGAGAACACGAGCAGCUUCCACCCAAAAGAAGGCAGAGCACCCUGCUGCAGAUGAUGUUGACAGAAAAUUGUAUGCAGCAAUGCGGGAAGAACUUAUAAAUUCUGUGGAGGAGAUUAGAAUGGGACUUGAACAAGAAGCAGCUAAAACAAAGACCUCUUUUUCAGGAAGUGAUGAUUGCUUGCAACCAAAUAAUUCCAGUGCUCUUCAGACUGUUUCUUCAAUCAGAAAGAACUACUCAACAAUAUUGGAGCAGUCAGAGAAGCGUAAAAAAGAUUUGUUGUCUAAAAUAGUGUUGGAGGAGCGUCGUGGUCGGGAGCUGUCUAAGAUUGUGAACAAAUUGCUUCCUGAUCCAAAGAAAACUGCUGUAGAAAAACCUUCAGGAACUAGAAAGAGGAGUAAGGAUAGAAGUAGGAUGUCAAAGCGAUUGACUGAGGAGGCAGAGAAGUAUAUCGAAGACUUCAUUUCUAACAUCGAGGAUACAGACAUUUCCUCUCUUGACGGAGAAAGGAGUGAUACAAACUCAUCUUUAGGAGGAGUUAUCAAGCUAGAAACUCUUCAAAGUCCAGCGGUAUCUGAUCCUCUUCCUGUAGAAAUGGAUGGGGUUGCACUGCCUUGGUUGCACUGGGAAGCUAGCAAUGAUGCCACUCAAUCAUGCAUGAGAAAGGCAGAGCCACCAGUAACUCCAAAUAGAUUACUGGAUGCAACCCAGGAAGUGUCCAGUGCACAAAAUCAAAGAAAUCAUUCUGCCAGCAGUUGUGGGAGUUGGAGCCCUGAAGUUAUUCAUGGCCUGUUGAUGAAGAACAUAGGAGAAGAUAAGAAUGGAGAACUUAGGGGCCAAUCUUGUUCUGGUGAAUCGAGAGGAUUAUGGGUUGAUAUGGACGAAUAUCUCAAGGCUCAAAGCAAUGAAAAUUUUCUCUUCGAAAAAUGGAACCAAACUGAGAGAAUUAAUUCAGGUGGUCUUCUACUCUGUGACCGCAUGUUCCUCAGGCUCUAAUGCCUUUUUAUUCGAGGAUAUUUUAUCCA